AACGCUGCCAGCGUCACUUGCACUGCAACAUCACCAGCCACGCUGCUGCUGCUUCAUUUUUCGCUCAAUUCUCUCAUCAUUCCGCCAACUUCGGUUUCGGUCUCGCCUUCAGCUCUCUCCGCACCGCCAUGCUUCAACUGUAAACCCGCCAUCCUCCACGAUCCCGAACCGACCUUCCUAUCUCAGCCUGCUUGAGCACGGCUAAUUCGGCCCACGAUGGCGCCAACCACCGACGCCGGCGAAGGCUCCUCCACGUCCUCGCGCAAAAACUCCCGAGUGUCGAUCGACUCACUCUCGUCUGCUUCCACCACCAGCAUUGUGUUUGAUCGCAUCCAGGAAGAGAUGGAAAAGAACCCCGCCGACCGCAAGAAGGGCGCCGCCCCCGUCGUGUCGUAUCGCGAUGCGGACGACGAUGACAGCAUCGAUGCCGAGACAGGACCUUUCCUGCCACGAGAGCACGUGCCACGCAAGCCUAUGGACACAAAGAUGAAGAAGCUCGUCAUUAUUGUUGCCGUACUCUUUGUCUCUGGCUGGGCUGCUGCGCUCGGCCUCUUCGUCUUCACUGGCGGAUACCGACACGCAAGCGACCAUGAGCACGACCCUAACGCGGGCAACAGAGGCUCUGCCAAGGCCAUUACCCUCGAACAAGUGCUGGGUGGCUUCUGGUCUCCCAGAUCACAAGAAAUUAGCUGGAUUGCUAGUCCCGACGGCCGCGAUGGCCUCAUGCUGGAGCAAAACGCCCGCAACAAAGACUAUCUGAUUGUCGAGGACGUGCGCGCCAGCAAGGGCGGUUCCGAGAACCAUGCCGACAUCUUCGCUGCUAAGACGCUUAUGAAGAAUCAGGCAUUUCAGCACCAGGGUAUGAAGCACUAUGCCACCUAUGUAAAGCCUAGUGCGGACCUGAAAAAGGUUCUUCUUGGAGUAGAAAAGCAGAAGAACUGGCGUCACUCCUUCACUGCCAUUUACUAUAUCCUUGACGUUGAAACCCAGGCAGUCGAACCUCUUGUCCCGCUUGACGACGGUGCCCGUGUCCAACUAGCAACCUGGAGCCCUCGCAGCGAUGCCAUUGUCUACACCAAGGACAACAACAUGUUCAUCCGCAGCCUUGUCGACAACAAGGUGGUCCAAAUCACCCACGAUGGCGGCCCAGAGUUCUUCUACGGUAUUCCCGACUGGGUUUACGAGGAGGAGGUCUUUUCCGGCAACAGUGCAACCUGGUGGUCCGAAGAUGGCAAGUAUCUCGCCUUCUUACGAACCAACGAGACGGGCGUCCCCGAGUUUCCUGUCGAGUUCUUCCGUGCUCGUCCUUCUGGCAAGCAGCCAGCCCCUGGAGAAGAAGCGUACCCCGAUACCGUCAAGAUCAAGUACCCCAAGGCCGGCGCGCACAACCCAGUAGUCGAUCUCCAGUUCUACGAUAUCGCCAAGGGUGACGUCUUCUCCGUCAAUAUUGGCGACGAGUUUGCCGGCGACGACCGCAUCAUUAACAACAUCCUCUGGGCUGGCAACAAGGUCCUUGUUAAGGAGACCAACCGUGUUAGCGACAUCCUUAAAGUCAUUCUCGUAGACGUGCCCGCCCGCAGUGGCAAGACGGUCAACACCAUCGAUGUCAACAAGAUUGACGGCGGCUGGUUCGAAAUCUCCCACACCAUGUCCUAUGUGCCUGCUGAUCCUGCCAACGGCCGCCCCAGCGAUGGCUACGUCGACUCCGUCAUCAACAACGGCUACCAGCACAUUGGCUACUACACGCCCCUUGACAACGCCACGCCCAAGAUGCUCACAUCUGGCAACUGGGAAGUCGAGGAGGCGCCCUCAGCCAUUGACCUGAAGAACAACCUCGUCUACUUCAUCGGCACCAAGGAAUCCUCCAUUCAGCGCCAUGUCUACUCUGUCAAGCUCGAUGGCACUGACCUCAAGCCCCUCACUGAUACCUCCGUCGAGGCAUACUACAGUGCGUCCUUCUCCUCUGGCAGCGGCUACGCUCUACUCAGCAACGAGGGCCCACGCAUCCCCUCGCAGCGCGUCAUCUCCACGCCAUCCCUCGCUAUCAACUACAACCAGACCGUCGAGGCCAACGAGCUCCUCGCCGACCGCGCCCGUAAACACGAGCUCCCCACGCUCAAGUACGGCACCAUUGAGCUCGACACCGGCGCCACCGUCAACUACGUCGAGCGCCGCCCACGCCACUUCGAUAUCAACAAGAAGUACCCCGUCCUGUUCCAGCAGUACUCAGGCCCCAACUCGCAGCAAGUCACGAAGCGCUUCGCCGUCGACUUCCAGUCCUACGUGGCCUCUAACCUCGGCUACGUCGUGGUGACCGUCGACCCUCGGGGCACAGGCUUCCUCGGCCGCAAGCACCGCGUCGGCGUGCGCUCACAGCUCGGCGUCCUCGAAGCACAGGACCACAUCGCCGCGGGCCAAUACUACGCAUCCCUGCCAUACGUCGACGAGUCGCGCCUAGCCAUCUGGGGCUGGUCGUACGGCGGCUUCAUGACGCUUAAGACGCUCGAGCAGGACCAGGGCCGCACGUAUUCGUAUGGCAUGGCCGUUGCGCCCGUCACCAGCUGGCGCUUCUACGACUCCAUCUACACGGAGCGCUACAUGCGCACGCCGCAGGUCAACCCAGAGGGAUACAAGAAGGCGAGCAUCAACAACGCCACAGCCCUCGGCGACAGCAAGCGCUUCCUGCUGAUGCACGGCUCUGCAGACGACAAUGUGCACUUCCAGAACUCCCUCACGCUGCUGGAUGACCUCGACAUGGCGGGCGUGGAAAACUACGAUGUCCAUGUCUUCCCUGACUCGGACCACGGCAUCUACUUUCACAAUGGACAUACGAUUGUCUAUGAGAAGCUAAAUAACUGGCUGAUUAAUGCGUUCAACGGGGAGUGGCUCAAGGUUGCUAACCCCACGCCGGUGCCGAACAAGAAGUAGUAGAUGUAGCUGUAGAUCGAUUUUUUGCUUUCAUGUUUCUUAUUGGCACUGUUUCGUUUUUCGUUUUUUGGAUUUUUCUUAUUUGCAUGUAUAGUAUAGCGGCAUGAGUAGUAGACACAUACAAUUGACUCGCGAUUAUAAAACACAAAGUUUACAAGCGUAAUACACUCAUAAUUUAUUAGUAGAGAUACAGCAGUGAUGUAUUACAUAUCAAGGACACGCUGGUGAAUUCACAUGGAAAGAAAAGUAGUUAAGGUAUAACGCAUUAAAUUCA